AACAAAUUUAAUAAAACAUUUGAAGAAGUGUUGUUUACCCAAUUUUUGGCAAGCUUGAUUGUUAUCUGCUUCAGUGUGUUUAAAAUUUCAAAGGGAGAUUUUAUCAAUUAUUCUACUCUCAUAAUGCUUUAUACAUAUAUUGUUUGUUUGUUAUCUCAACUCUACCUGUACUGCUUUUAUGGCAAUGAGCUAAUGAUUGACGCGAAUGAAACUAAGAAAAGUCUUCUCAUUUUGAUGAUUCGCUCUAGGAAGCCUAUUUUAAUUUCUGCAUGUUCUGUGACAUCAGUGAAUCUAGAUUCCACAAUAAAGUAG